CUGGAGGCGGAAACCGGAAGCUGGAAGCGACCAUUCGCUCCCCUGCUCUGGGCGGGCCGUUCCCGUCAUAGCCUCUAGUAGUCCCGGCGGAGAACGGAGCGAGUCGGCUGAAGUCGGUUCUGACAUAGAAAAAUCCGAGUUCUCCGGCAAGUUACUUGAAAGUGAAAUAGAGCGGAAGGAAAAGGGAGCGAGUCGGAAGGGCCCUUGGUUCAGCCCAGUUGCCAUGGUGACCCAUAGUAACAACUUCGGUAAACCCCGCCUGGAGGCCAUGGCUACUUUAGCCAAGCUUCAGGCUCGGUCGUCGUUUCUAAAAACUCAGUACUACUUUAGGAACCGUACCAUUGACGAGUUUAGAAAGAAAGAGAAUGAUGCGGCUGUGACAAUCCAGAGCUGGUUCCGUGGGUGCCAAGUCCGGGCAUACAUCAGGCACUUGAACAGGGUAGUGACAAUUAUACAAAAGUGGUGGAGAAGUUACUUAGGCAGAAAACAUUACCAACUUAUUGUUGAGGCAGCGUAUUAUAAUAUGAAGAUGAAUCUCUACAAUGAAAUGGCUGUCAGGAUUCAGAGACGAUGGCGUGCCUUUAGGAUCCGGAAAUAUUGCUUUAAUUAUUAUUAUUUAAAGGAAUACUUGAAAGCUGUUUCAGAGACCAAUGAUGCAAUUAGGGAGGCUUUGGAGGAGUUCGCAGAGAUGAAGGAGAGAGAAGAGAGGAAGGCUUGCCUGGAACGGGAAGAAAAACACAGAGAUCAGCAAGCCCGCAAGAUGCAUUACCUUCUCAGCACAGAGCAGAUUCCAGGCAUAUACAAUUCACCUUUCCGAAAACAGCCUGACCCAUGGGAGCUGCGGUUACAGAAGGCAAAGCCCUUGGGCCGCCAACCAGCCACCAAUGCGAAGACCAAGUCCUACCGCAGCUUCAGCAACUGGCUGGAGUGCACCAGUGCCCGCUCCUUCCCUCAGUCGGCAAGUCUGCCACCUAUCAACAGGAAGCGGUGUCAGGGACCUUUCCGAGACAUCAAUGAAGUCCUGCAGCAGCGUUACAAGCCUUUGGAGCCCACCCUGAGGGUGGCAGAACCCAUCAACCACUUAAAGCUGGCCAGGGAGGCAUUUAAGCAAGAGGAACGGAUGCGCAAUGUGAACGACAAGAUAUUUUUGCCAUUUUCUUCCUACCAUAAAAAGGAGAAGUACAUCCCAAUGAUACACUCAUCAAGCAAGUACAAUCCUAGCUCUUACGGACAGAAACACUUCCGCAGUCAAGACCCUAAAAAGUGGAUCAGUGACAAGGAUUUUCAGACUGUUCUACCAUCUUUUGACCUCUUCUCAAAGUAUGGAAAAUUAUAUUCGAAAGCUGGACAAAUUGUAUAAAGUGUGCUGCUGGGUUUUAGAGAAUGGGAGAGGAUGUCACGUGGAAACGCAGUGAAGACGAAGGGAGCACAGACAGAAGAUGACCAUGCCCAGAGGUCCAGGCUCUACCCACGUGGCUGAUGAACAACUUUGAUCUCAGUCCUCCACCUCUGUGUGCUCUCAUGAGCGCCCCCUCCCUCCCUCCCUCCUCUCCCCUGCUAUCCCCCUCCUUCCCCCUCUCCCCCUGCUCCACCCUCCUCCCCCAACUCCGGUUCUUUCUCUUGCUCUCACUUUCUCAUGUGUCAGAAGAAAAGCUUAAAACCAUUUCUGGUUCAUUAUAAGACUUUCUAGUUUGAAAGGAAAAUACAAAGGAGGCUCUUAUAAGAACUAAUCAGAUUUACUAAUAAGCCAGACUCAAUAUGAUCAAUAAACUAUGACAUUCAUUUUA